AUGUCUUUACCACCUCAAGAUCCUACCAGGAAUUCAUAUCAACAACCAAAUACACAACGUCAUAUAUUCCCAGUUCAACAAAAUCUUGGUCAACAAAACAUUGCUUACCCAAGACCACCUUCAACUGGUAUUCGCGGUCCACCAAUUCAACAGCACAAUUCUCCAUACUCAACUCCAUAUGCCAAUAAGCAACCAGUUCCACCGAGACAAAAUGGCAACAAUGGAGUAUCUGCAGAACAACAAAUUGCUCAAGGUAUUUUGAGUAAUGCUGCGAAUGGUCAAACUCCUCAGCGACAGCCUCAGAGACAAAAUGGUCCACCUCCCAUGGGUGCAGCAAUUCACAUGGCACCUCAGCAUACCCCGCAAAAUCAAUCCAUGACCGUCACUCAUGCCGUUCACCCAACUCCCCCAUCUGUCUUGAAUCAAACUCGAGAUUUUGCAACACAGCAACGGCAAUCACAAUCCCCCGCGAUGCAAGGACAAAGUCUUGGUGUUCAACGACCCCCGUCUAUGAACCCCUCCCCCGCCAACUCAAACCUCGGAUCUACGAGACCGCAAGAUUCACCGGUAAGUUCCACUCAGGAUAUGUCUAUGAUUGACCCUCAGCUUGCGCUUGAUCAACAAUUGGACCCUAACGGUUCUCUUCUUUCUCCGGCGGAUGAACAUGAUCAAACCGAAGCUCCGGAAGUGACUCCUGGUGAAAUGUUAUCUGCCCCACCAGGAGGUAGUUAUCCAACCUUCGAGGCCCUUUUUGCAGCUGCGCAAGCACACGCUUUGGCACAUGGUUAUGCGUUCGUCAUUGGCAGAUCUAAACGCGACAAUAGAGGUCUGAAGAAAGUGUUCUUGAUUUGUGAUCGCGGCGGAACCAAUAAGGAGAAGGUGCCCGGUGAACAGCGACAACGUAAGACCAAAUCGCGUAAAUGUGGUUGUGAAUUUGGAGUCUUUGGUCUCGAAAACAAAACUUCUUGGCUUCUACGAGGUCGGAUUGAUGGAGAGCAUUUAACACACAAUCAUCCUCCAAGCGAAAGUCCCACCGAGCACCCGGGAGCUAGAAAAUUAGAUCCUAAAGCAAUUGCUGCUGUAAAGGCUCUUGAGGAAAACGGUGUUUCUGUAAAAGAAACCCUUGAAAUUCUCCAUCGUGACAAUCCUACUAUUCGCUUCCUUCCUCGUGACAUCUAUAAUGCCCGAGCCGCAAUUAAACGCGACCCUACUCGUGUUGAACCCACAGCCAUGGAGUCUCUUCCCACGUUCUACAAAAAGCCCCCUAUGUCAUUUGAAGAGAAGCUCCGCGCCGAGCUUCGAACCGAGGUAGCGAAUGCCCAAGCAGAAGUAGAGAAAAUCAAGGCCGAUUGGAAGCAAGAAGUAGAAGAUUUGAAGGAACAGUUGAGGCAAAAGGAUUUAGUAAUCCACAAGUUUGAACAAUUCAUCGAUAUCUGUAACGAGCGGGUAAUGAUUAGAAGAGAUGAGUUGUCGGAUCCCCCCGCCGGUGCAGAGCCAGGCGCAAACGCUAUAGCAAAUGCUAUGGGUAAUGCUAUGGGGAACGCUAUGGGUAGUAGCAUGGGCAAUACAAUAGGCUAA